ACCUCAGCAGUCCACUGCAGUCGCCGCUAUGAAGGUUCUGUUUGUCCUGUUUGCCCUGGUGGCGGCGGCCUCGGCCAGCGAUCUGGGCCAGUACGGAGACGAGCAGGAGCACCAGGACGUCGAACACACCCCCUACGAGUUCAGCUACGCCGUCGAGGACGACGACACCGUGUUCUCUCAGAGCGAGCAGGGCGACGAGGAGGGUGACGUGGAGGGCGAGUACGCCGUCAACCUGCCCGACGGUCGUGUGCAGACGGUCCGCUACUCGGCCGGCGACGAGACCGGCUACACGGCCGAGGUCAGCUACGAGGGCGAGGCCCAGUACCCCGAGCAGGACUCCUAUACGAACGACGUGGGAGCCAAGAAAAUGAGAGUUUAA